GGGGGCGGGAUCGACGUCUGCUCCUCCGAACCCGGAGCCCCUCCUGUCUCAGCUCGGGGCCAGCUGAGGCGAGCCAAACCUUUGCCCUUUUGCGUGAGGGUGACUCACCGCUCCUGCCCCUUUUUGCUUUGCUUUCUCCUGGCUCGUUCCUCGCACCACGUGCCCUCCUGGCCGCUCCCCCAGCUACCCUUUCCAACCGCCUGUUGGAAGUUGCUGUAAAAUGUCGUGAGGGGCGCUGCCGCUUUACGGCUGCCUCUCCCAGGCUAGAGCCCGGGAGCGCCCACCGCCGUCAGCCCUGUUUCCAAGAGUCGGCCCGGCGGAGACGGAGAGACCCGGCGCGCUGCUCCCCUCCCCGCCGCGCCCGUGCCGGCCCCCGGCGAUGUGAGCUCGAGGAGGCUGCGGUGCCCCCUGGCCCGGGGUUGAGACGGGCGGCAGGUGCCUGUGAGGCGGGCGGGUGCUGGGGGCCUGCAGGAUGGAGGAAAGCAUGGAAGAGGAGGAGUGGGGCAGCUACGUGGCGAUGAUGGACGACCAGAACCACAACAACUGGGAGGCCGCGGUGGACGGCUUCCGGCAGCCCCAGCCACCGCCGCCGCCCCCCUCGUCGAUCCAAGCCCCUGCGCGAGAGCCGCCGGGGGGGCAGCUGCUGGCGGUGCCCGCCGCCUCGGUGGACAGGAAAGGCCCCAAGGAGGGGCUCUCGAUGGGGCCGCCACCACCGCCAGAGGCCAAUGGGGUGAUCAUGAUGUUGAAGAGCUGCGACACGGCCGCCGCUGUGGCCAAGGCGGCCCCCGCCCCCACCCCCAGCUCCACCAUCAACAUCAACACCUCCACCUCCAAGUUCUUAAUGAAUGUUAUAACUAUUGAAGAUUAUAAGAGCACAUACUGGCCAAAAUUGGAUGGUGCCAUAGAUCAGCUUUUAACCCAGAGUCCUGGUGACUAUAUCCCCAUAUCCUAUGAACAGAUAUACAGUUGUGUGUAUAAAUGUGUCUGCCAGCAGCACUCAGAACAGAUGUACAGUGAUCUGAUUAAGAAGAUAACUAAUCACCUAGAGCGAGUCUCAAAGGAGCUGCAGGCCAGCCCUCCAGAUCUCUAUAUUGAAAGAUUUAAUAUAGCUCUUGGACAGUAUAUGGGAGCAUUGCAGAGCAUUGUGCCUCUUUUCAUAUAUAUGAAUAAGUUUUACAUCGAAACCAAGCUUAACAGAGACCUAAAAGAUGACCUUAUAAAGCUGUUUACGGAACAUGUUGCAGAAAAGCACAUUUACAGCCUAAUGCCUUUACUUUUAGAAGCCCAGUCGACACCAUUUCAAGUCACACCUUCAACUAUGGCAAAUAUUGUGAAAGGCCUGUAUACUCUCAGACCAGAGUGGGUUCAGAUGGCUCCAACUCUGUUUUCUAAAUUUAUUCCAAACAUUCUCCCUCCGGCUGUGGAAUCUGAACUUUCUGAAUAUGCUGCUGAAGAUCAGAAACUUCAAAGAGAACUUAUACAGAAUGGUUUUACGAGAGGUGACCAGUCCCGGAAAAGAGCUGGGGAUGAGUUGGCUUAUAUGUUCUUGAUGGUGGCCUCACGAGGCACUCUGUGAUUGACGCCAGACUGUUCUGCGGGUUGUGGCAGCGCUGGAGUCUGGUUUGUGGCAGUGGUUUUCAGCAGCUGUCAAGAGCCUCCCAGAUUCUGGAGUCUCUACUAGAAUGGAAUGAUGAUACAGUUCCUGAUGACACAGCCCCUUACACUUCAGCCAGCUUUUUUUUUUUUUUUUAAAUCUCCUUUUGGGGAUUGAGAGAAGGGUGAGAGAGAAAUAUGUAUUAAAUAAAGAGAUUCUUACCAUUAUCAAA